AUGCUUAAAUAUUGUGGAGAAAUUAAUGCCUACUGGCAAAUAUUUUCUGUUAGGUGGAAACUUGUUAGCUGGUUCAAAACUUUACAUACUUUGAUGUCAUUGAGUGACCAUACUAAUACUAAGGUGUUGUGCCUUCGAGAUUCGCCUUUUGUUUUUGUGCAUGUAAUUGGUAACUUAUUAACACUCCUUGACAAAAAGUCACGGCGCCGUUGCCUGUGCAAGUUCCAAAAUUGUGUAUGUAUAGACUGUCUUUCAUUCUCAGGAAUCUUUUGUAAACACUGUUUUUUACAUGAACAAGGUGGCAAUAGUGGAUGUUUCAGCCUUUGUUUCUCUUAUACAGCUCCUGGAUCUCUAUUUCGCUUAGGUUUUUUUAUUAUUUGA